GCCAGCGCUGCGAUGGUCGCUGGAACCCAAAGCGGAUCGACACGAGAUUCGCUGGCCAGUUUUCCAAUCCUAUUUCAUUCAAUGUUUCUUUUUCUCUCUUCCUGCAGUCCGAAUUUUCAGUGCAGCGUGGCUGUCAUGAUUAUUUUUCUCUUCUCUUCACCGCACUUGAUAAUGGAUCUGUGAAGAUUCUGCUUGCAAACUAGCUAGCAACUUCUUUCUUAACCACGAAUUUUCAACCAGCUGGAACCGGGGACAGACCAUAUUAUUUCCCCUCAGGCACCGACUCCACUUGUGCUCCGGUGCCUGGAUCAUAACAGAACCCGAAACAGAUUAAACUGUCACGAAAUCCAUGGAUGAGUCUUGUCCAUACCGUACGGUACCGCCGACCAGGACCCAAGUGCCCCUUGCAGGCUCCACCAACCAUGAAAUGAACUGCAAAUCGGAUGGAGUUCUGGUCACUGGGUCCUGGUCGGGUACCUUACUUACCUUACUUACCUCUCCUAUUACCGUAUCGUCGUCCCUGGAACUGGCUGAGAAAGGUUACUUACUCUUAGAUAGAGUACCUGCCAAGGUUUUGUUUGUUUCUCCUUCUC